GGCUUUUUAUUGGUUUACGCGGGAAGCACGUGACAAGUGGUCUCAAUCGCCAUAUAAAGAGGACGCGGGCUGUCUCAAAACACAAAGGAGAAUAUCCAAAUACCACAACAACACGCCAACAUGAAAUUCGCCGUGUUUUGCAUCAUGGCAAGCUUGGUUAUGCUGGAGGUUUCUGCCCGGGGUCGUGCUGGCUGCAAACACCUAAUCAUCUGCCCUUUCAACUACGCACCAAUUUGCGGCAAGAACAGCAAGGGCGAACUCAAAACCUUCUCCAACCAUUGCAGCAUGAGGGCUCGGAACUGCAACGGCAUAAAUAAUUUUGUGUACGUGAAGACUGGUGUAUGUUAAUAAUUCCAAGAUGCAUUAUUCCCUCUUGUGCUAAUACAGUAAUUAAAUUUUUGAAAACAUGAUUUUUUAUUCAUUAUUUGAAAGAAAUAAAUCCGUUUUGCUAAUU